CUGCGUGACGCUAUCUUCCCGCGGCAAAGCGAGCUGCGGCGGCGCUUCCGGCUGACCGAGCCGAGGUACCGAGGUUAUGGGCAGUCAGGAGGUGCUAGGCCAGGCGGCCCGACUGGCUUCCUCCGGUCUCCUCCUGCAGGUGUUGUUUCGAGUGAUUACCUUUGUCUUGAAUGCAUUUAUUCUUCGCUUCCUGUCAAAGGAAAUUGUUGGCGUAGUGAAUGUAAGAUUAACAUUGCUUUACUCUACUACUACCUUCUUGGCCAGAGAGGCCUUCCGCAGAGCUUGUCUAAGUGGAAGUACCCAAAGGGAUUGGAGCCAGACCCUCAACCUCCUGUGGCUAACAGUCCCCCUGGGUGUGUUUUGGUCCUUAUUCCUGGGUUGGGUCUGGUUGCAGUUGCUUGAAGUACCUGAUCCUGAUGUGGUCCCCUACUAUGGAACUGGAGUGGUACUAUUUGGUCUCUCAGCAGUGGUAGAACUUCUUGGAGAGCCCUUCUGGGUUUUGGCACAAGCACAUAUGUUUGUCAAACUUAAGGUGAUUGCUGAGAGCCUGUCAGUAAUCCUUAGGAGCAUCCUGACAGCUUUUCUCGUACUGUGGUUGCCUCUCUGGGGAUUGUACAUUUUCUCUUUGGCCCAGCUUUUCUAUACUUCCGUUCUGGUGCUCUGCUAUGUUAUUUAUUUCACAAAGUUACUGAGUUCCCCAGAAUCAACCAAGCAACACACUCUUCCUGUCUCCAGAAUAACAGAUUUGUUACCCGAUUUUACCAGAAACAGAGAUUUUGUAAAUUGGAAAGAGGCUAAAUUAACCUGGAGUUUUUUCAAACAGUCUUUCUUGAAACAAAUUUUGACAGAAGGCGAGAGAUAUGUGAUGACAUUUUUGAAUGUAUUAAAUUUUGGUGAUCAAGGUGUAUAUGAUAUAGUGAAUAAUCUUGGGUCCCUUGUGGCCAGGUUAAUUUUUCAGCCAAUAGAGGAGAGUUUUUAUAUAUUCUUUGCUAAGGUACUGGAGAGGGAAAAGGAUGCCACACUUCAGCGGCAGGAGGACUUUGCUGUGGCUGCUAUGGUUUUGGAGUCCUUGCUCAAGCUGGCCCUGCUGGCUGGCCUGACCAUCACUGUUUUUGGCUUUGCCUAUUCUCAACUGGCUCUGGAUAUCUAUGGAGGGGCCAUGCUUAGCUCAGGAUCAGGUCCGGUUUUGCUGCGUACCUAUUGUCUCUACGUCCUCCUGCUUGCCAUCAAUGGAGUAACUGAGUGUUUCACGUUUGCUGCCAUGAGUAAAGAGGAAGUUGACAGGUACAAUUUCACAAUGCUGGCACUGUCAUCCUCAUUCCUGGUGCUGUCCUAUCUCCUGACCCGUUGGUGUGGCAGCGUGGGCUUCAUCCUGGCCAACUGCUUUAACAUGGGCAUUCGGAUCACACAGAGCCUUUGCUUCAUCUAUCGCUACUACCAAGAGAGCCCGCACAGGCCCCUGGCUGGCCUGCACCUGUCGCCAGUCCUUCUUGGGGCAUUUGCCCUCAGUGGUGGUAUUACUGGUAUUUCAGAGGUGUUCCUGUGCUGUGAUCAGGGCUGGCCCGCUAGGCUGGCACACAUCACUGUGGGGGCCAUUUGCUUAGGACUGACUCUUGGGACAGCAUUCCUCACAGAAGCUAAGCUGAUCCACUUUCUCAGGACUCAGUUUGGAGUAUCCAAAGUUGCUGACAAAAUGACUUGACUUCAAGAGCGUCUUGAUACCUGUGGCACCUGGAUCCACUUGGGACAGUUCUUGGGUGCAAUGUUACCAUGUAAAAGCCCUGCCAAGGGGUCUGCAGUGUAGUGAGAACCACCCAGGACGUGAGACCAUGGAUGAAACACUCAUCCACUUGAAGUCUUAAAUGCAAAGGAGGAAUUUUCAUUUUUAAGUGGAAACCAAACAGCCUUUUUAAAAUAGAUGUACUUUUUUCAUUAUUUUGUUCUAAUCAGUACUUUUGUUUUUAGGAAUAUAUUUAUUCCUAUUGAGUGUGAUUGACCUUUGUAGCUACAUGCUCCAGCAAACUUUAUCUUAGAUGUUAGUAGUGAAUAAUGAUCUGGCCAAGAAAAAGAGAGGCAGCUGUUUAUCCCUUACAGGAAUAUUUAGAUUCUUCCGUAAAAUAAGGAAAAAACCAGAUGCUGUGCACCAAACAAGAACGGAAUGUGGCCUGGGAGUUGUGGCUUUCCACAUGUCAACGCUGUGGUUGGAGUUUUUAGGGAAGGAAAAAUGUUACUAAACAAAAAACUUCAAAUGCAAAUGUGAAGCUUUUGGGAUCACAUUUCCCCGUGUGUGUGAAGAAUCUUGCCUAUCAUGCUUUUAUUCCCCAGGCUAGCUUGUGCCUUACCCAGGAAUUGUUGAUUGGAGGGAGGGUAGAAGUUAGCUGAAGACUUCAGGUCUGACCACCUGAAAGAAGAGGGGCUUUGAAGGUUUGAAAUUACUCCAGCACGAGCUACUUUUAGCAGUUUUCUGUAACUUUGCACAUGGAAAUUGAUGACCAAAGUUGUGUAAAUGUUUCUUUUUAUCCUUAGAAUAAAAUAGGACAAACUCUAUAUGGCAAAUAUCACCAAGUCAA